GUAGAUACUAUUUUCCUUCUCUCAUCUCGAACUACGAGUAUGGUACCUGGUACUGGAACGCAUUSGAUAUUUUACGACACCAACGACCAAACGGUUGGCGAGGUGCUUCCACCCMCGGUUCCAUUUUCGUAGCUCUUUCCCUGCCCACCCAGCAGCCAUGGCGGAACGGCCCAGCCCUCAAUCGAUCGGCAUCUGCGCCCUCAUCGCGCUCUACUCCGACCCGAAUUCCCACCUUCACGAACUCGAGGACGACGAGGGAUCUCCGAUCGCCGGGUCGGGAAACAGGGUAGCCGCCUUUCUAGAGGAGAGCGUCUUUGGAACCCACCGUGUGGCCCACCGCGUGGCCUACCGCGGAAUCAAGUGGAAUGGCAACAGCAGCGGCAACAACAGCAGCCAGGACGACGACGACGACGACCACCCGGGAGCCAAUGCCCUCGGACGUUGGAUGGAACGGCUCCGCUCCCGGCUGGGGAMACAGGCCCGAGACCUCCUGGCGGAAACCCUGCGGAUGGCCUCGGAGUCUGUCGACGCGCUAGUGGACCUCUUCGACUCCCUCCGGGGGGCCAUGCACGAGGGCCUUGUCGACGCUUCGAGCCUCCACGGGCUCUAYCUGCGGCAGCACUGCCUGGGAUUCGGCGAGCUCUCUUUCGAGUCGUCCGUCCUGCUGUGGCGGGCCCUGGGGGACCGCGUGCGGRACAUGGAUGCACGGGGCGGAGACUCCGCUUUCGAACCAAGCGAAGCCCAUAGCGGUGGUGGCAGCAACAAAAACCUUAUCGAUAUCGACACCGGCAUCGAUACCGGCAUCGACAUCGACAGCAAUUUUGCCUCUUGUUCCUGGCCUCUUUCCACCGAGCAGCUGCAAUCCAUCGUGCGCGAAGACUGCAUUGGCUUCGAGAGGGACCGAGGCACAGAAAGCAACCACGACGCGGGUGCAAAUGACUACAGCAGAACCAACACGAAUGGCGUCGGMAAAGGAAGACACGAAGCCAACAACAACACUGACGCUCUUCCCAUUGMCACGAAUUCAAAUUCCGACGACCGMCGGAGCCGACGGGGGCGGUGGUCCUUUGAACGGAUGGAGGUUYACAUUCGAAAGAUGCUAGCUAUCGAUCCGGAGCUUCCCGUGGCGCACUUUCUGCGAUACMUGAAUUGCUUGCGACACGGAGAACGUGUCGGUGCACUGGAAGCUCUCCACGAAUACUUUGAUCACUCUAUGGUCCAACACACCCAGAACCGGAAUAGUGCUUCCGGAGAUGGUUUCUCGAGGGACAUCCUGCAGUUCUCGGCGAUCCUCCUGGCCAUGACCCACUCGUCCUUUGGAAACUCGAACCUGGCUCUCCUGGCCACCGAAGAAGCCGUCCGYGUCGCGCAGCAAUCCAAGGACGCGGCCUGCGUCGCCUUUGCCCUCGGGUGGCUCUACGAACACCGCGGCCAGGGAAUCGCAGAGCGCACCGAGCUCCUGCGAAGGUGCUCUCGCCGCGCUUCGGGAACCCAGCUGCGCCCGCUGGUGGCCGGGGCGCAGCUGACGCUGGCGAGRAGCGCCCUGCUGGGGGAGGGUGGCCAAGCCAACAACCCCGCGAGCGGAGUAGCCGCCGGUUUGCAAGAGGGGGGGCAAAGCCGGACCGCCACCUCCUGGAACCAUCUCCUCCAGGUCACUGCGGAACCGAGCACGGACCACGGUGGGGCCUUUGAUCGACCGACGCACCUGUCGCAAAAUCCCAGGGAGGUCCUGGAGAGCAUGGCCCUCCAACGGCUGGUUUCCGCGGGAAUAUGGGAUUCUCUGGGGAUGCCGGUCAUGUCCAAGUGGGCCUCCAAGGCGGCCCUGAGUCAACACCACCAGCUGUCCUACGACGACCUGCUUGCGGCAAUCCAGAACAUCGCCAGGUGUGCCCUGCAUGGUUCUCCCCCGAAGCAAGCGAACCGUACCAAGAAGAACCAGAACGGCCAGAAGGAAUGCUGUGCCUAUGCGAGAGCCAUCGACGCCAUGCUGCAACUGCGGAUCGAACUGAACCUGGACGGAAACGAUCUCGAGGAACCGAUUCUCCAGCACCUGGCCCUGGUCUUUCACGAAUGGGCCGUCCGUCGCGGCGACACUGACGACGCGAUGGCACUACAAACCAUGCUGGAUUCGUACCUCCAUCCCGGAUUGUACAACCGAGACCGGCUCUAUGCCGACAUUCGGUUGCAGAAACACCUUUUUUUCUGCCACACAAAAAACUGGGAAAAAGCCAAGCAAGUCGGCACGGCGCUUGUCCGAUACUGCAAACAAAAAGGAUUCCUGGAACACCAGGUGCGAGUACUGAUUCAAAUGGGAAUCGCAGAGCUGGAAGUGGAUCGGAACCAGUGCACCACGGCCUUGUCGCCGCUGCUAGAGGCGCUGACCGUGUGCGAACAGACGGAAAUGCAUGGCCUACACGCUGCGGCCAUGUCGAUCCUGGCCCGGGUGUUUUUGGGGCUCCGAAACCCGAAGCGCGCCAUUGCUGUUCUCGAUGGGACGCUGCCGGCGCUGCUGCAGCGGGAGCACGUCUGGUUUCGGGCGGAAGCCUAUCUCUCCCUGGCCAGGGCCCACCUUGCGCUCGCCGCAAGCCACGGAGAAGCCCGGGGCCGAGCCCCUGGUGCUUCCGGGAGACGGCACCACCGGGCGCUCCGGGCCCUCGGCGAGGCCGUGCGUUUGUUCGAAGAGUGUCAGGACCGGGGGCGGYUGCGGGAGACCUGCUACCUGCAGGCCCGCAUCCACGCGCUGCUCCGCAACACCAAAGAGCGCGACGAGGCGUCCGAGCGGUUUCUGGUACUGGCGGGCCAUCCMGCGGCCGACCCCGGACCCGACGGAGGGGUGGGUUCCAGCCACCGCGGAAGYAUUCUAGACGCCAUCGGCAAUCCGCACGCGAUCCGGGUACUCGUGGGUCGAUCGGUGCACUCGUGAAACCGAGUCAAGGYGGAUUCCGUCGUGCUCGGCUCAAUUCCGGGCUGCGGGCCGAGCCCCCCUGCCCCAUCCGACWAGGGAAGACACGAGUCGGACGAAAGCACAUGCAAGAAACCUUUCCUACAUGACUUUUAACACAAACUAAACUAAGCAAGCUAACAUGGAUCGACCCUCCUUGUACAUUUCAAUUUACAUCGAAAAUGCCUUCAAGACACGACAGAGUGGAGAGAAUCUCAGACCCCCAUGGACUUUACCCCGGACUUUCCGCCUCCCUUGCUGCUAUUUAGGCUCUUUUUCGACUUCUCCUUGGUGCACCAGGAGCAUCCCUCAGUGAACAAAAUAAAUACGUUCUUCAUCCCUUGGGAAUCCGUAGCACUGUUUGACGCAACUCAAAGUCACCAUAGAGAACAGUCCUCCAUCCAAAGUGAGGGGACACAAUUCAGAAAAAUAUAGAUGUUUCCGAUGGACGAAAAAUGUGUUUUCUACUAAAUUAUUAAGUUUUCAAAAUACCUUCGUUUACACUUCCAUUCCCAYAACGAAAAUGCCUCAAGUGCGACAACGCGUAUAGAAUCUCAAACGAGCAAGGACUUAGCACCAGACUUUCCACUGGACUGGCCACCGGAUUUGCUCUUCUUGCUCUUUUUUGGCUUGGGGUUCUCGAACAUCUCGGUCUCUGUGCAAAAUGGGCAUCCAGUACAGGGGCGGAGAGUGCCCUCACUUCCAAAAUUGCACGAGCGGUCGCUGCAGUACAUGUUGCACUGGGCUGCCGGUGGAUUACAAAACCCACAGUCCUCGCAAGAGGAGUCGCUGCAGGUCAAGGGCAUGCAAUGCAUGUCGCAUCUCUUGGGUUGGGUCUUACACCAAUUGCAGCCGGAGCAAAAGUCCUGAGAAYCUGCGCACACAAAAUCGGAACACCAAGCUGCGCAAGUGGGGGUUGGUUCGAACGGGRCUUUACAGAAUUCACAAUUUUCACAAAAACCGCUGCCGCACGACACAGGAGAGCACCAAGUUUCACAUUGCUGACAUAUUGGACAGCCUCCACAUUCUUCCGGAGUUGCACUACAACUAAAUGCUGGCGGAAAUUGAWACUUCCACUCCCCGUCAACAAAUGUAAACGCUUGAU